GAACAAGGCCGGGAGCGCCCGGGGGCGCACGGCGGGACCCGGCCGGAGGAGCGCGCGGCGCGCAGCAUGGGCUGUGGACCUUCCCAGCCUGCUGAGGAACAGAGCUUUGUCCCCGCGCCGAGGAAGGGCUGGGAAGAGGGAUUCAAGGCUGAUGUGAAUGUGGCUCAUUCUGGGGAGAACGGCAGACCCCAGCUUGAGGCUGCCCUGCACAAGGACACUGUGGGAGGCCCUGAAGGCCUGGAAAAACAGGUCCAGUUGGAAAGCUUACCCGGAACCAUUCCAGAGAGUUCCCCAUCUCCUAUUGGAAGGAACAGAAGAAUAAAUUUAGACUUAACAACCAAUGGAUUAAUCCAUAAACCACAACCCCUAGAGAAUCGAGAGCGACAAAAGUCAUCAGACAUCCUGCAGGAAUUAAUUGUUCAAGGAAUAAUACAAAGCCACAGCAGAGUAUCUAGAAAUGGAGAAUCAUACGAUGUCACGGUGAACAUGACUGAGAAGCCACUGAGAAAGCCACCAGCCAGGCUGAAAAAACUCAAGGUCAAAAAGGAAGUAACAGAUUUCACCAUGAAGGACAUAGAGGAGAAGAUGCAGGCGGUGGCCGAGCGCCGGAAGACAAAAGAAGAAGAAAUGAGAAAGAGACUACGGAGUGACCGACUUCUGCCCCCCGCCAAUCAUUCAGAUUCAGCUGACCCAGGUGGGGCUGAGGUUCCAUUUGCCAAAGGACUUAACCCUGUGAGUUCUGCCGUGUUUGAGCCGUGGGACCUGCAGGGAGGAAAGUCACUGAAAAGAAAGAAGAGCAAAAGUGAUGUGACCUCAAAUGAUAGAGACUACAGUUAUGAAAGUAUUGGCAUCGUGGAGUCAGACAUGUCCUACAACCAAGAAGAUCACAUAUUCUGAUGAACCAUUUAUGUGAAUUCUGUGAAAAAGCAUCCAUUUCCCCCAGUCAUGCCAGGCUUUGUAUGUCUUAUCUUUUUCUUUGACUGCCUGGCUGCAUGGGCUAGUUAGCUGAGUAAAUUAAAUGGCUAAUGGUUAUGCUAGCUUCACAAAAAGGAAGAUUCGACUACUUUUGAUAUUAAAAGUUGGCUUCAAACAUU